ACAAUGAAACCAUUACUAUUCGGUACUCCGUGCAGCUGUGCGAUCUUCAUUUUAGCAUAUUGCAUAAUAUCUCUAUUUAUCUGGCUCUUGUAUACAGAUGACUUAUCAAAUGCCAUAGUUGACUUUGAAUACUUUACAAUUAAGAAUCUAGGCGAGCAUGGCAAAGAAGCACAUUUGCAAAUGACAAAAAAGGAUUUGGUAGAUGCUGCCAUACAGAACGAGGAAUAUCACUACAAUGCCUGGCUCUCUGAAAGAAUUCCGCUGAAACGAGCUCUAGAAGACUACAGGGAUCCUCAGUGCCUCAAGAUCAACUAUAGUUCAGAAAAACGGCUGACUGUGAGCAUAGUUAUUGCCAGCCAACAGGAGCAUCCUCACACUCUGCUGAGAGCCAUCUAUAGUGUGAUUGCGCAAACACCACCCGCUUUACUCAAGGAAAUCGUACUGGUUCAUGAUGGGCAUGGCGAUAUAGAUCUUAUCCAGCACAUUCAUCAAAAACUACCCAUAGUUAUUCAGCUGGAAAUGGAAACCUUGAAGGGCAUUAUUCAAGGUCGUUUGACUGGAGCUAGGAUAGCCACUGGAGAUGUUCUCGUAUUCCUCAAUGGCCACAUGGAGGUCACAAAGGGUUGGCUUCCUCCUCUACUUGAGCCCAUGCUGUCAAACAACCAGACCGUCACCGAGCCCAUUGUAGAUGCCAUAUCUACAGAGUCGUUUGCCUACCAGAAGCUGCUGGAACCUGAGCAAAUGGCAUUUGACUGGCAGUUGGAUCACAUUUUCCUGCCCCUGGAUCAGCACUCGUGGAACAACCUUCCCAAGCCAUACCCGUCCUCCCAACUGGAGGGUCGUGUUUUCGCCAUUGAUCGCAGUUGGUUCUGGAAACUUGGGGGCUGGGAUGAAGCACUCCAGGAUUACGGGGGCGAUGCCCUGGAACUCAGCCUCAAAGCGUGGCAGUGUGGUGGUCUCAUCCUCACUGUUCCCUGUUCACGAGUGGGAGUUAUCUAUAAGCGCGAUGAGCUUGAGGCCCAGAUGGCGCCAAACAGAAAUCCCAGCUUACAAGUCCAAAAGAACUUCAAACGCGUUGUAGAUGUCUGGUUCGACGAGUAUAAGCUGCACUUUUAUCGAUACAAUCCCAGGCUGAGAAACCUUACCUCAGAAUCGCUGGACAAGCCGCGAGAUUUACGACGUCGCCUGAAUUGCAAGUCCUUCGGAUGGUAUAGAAGCCAAGUGGCGCCGCAGAUCAGGAACCAUUAUCUUCAUGCUGCACUUUCCAGCUAUGGGGUAGGUAAAAUAAUGCCAUUUGUGGCGCCGCAUUUCUGCUUAUCCAUCAAGGCAGGAUUUCCUGUCAUAAGGCAAUGCAACUCAACUAAUUUCGAGGACUGGACACUGACGUCUCGUUGCCAACUGAAACAUGGUAACAUGUGCCUGGAUGUGGACUACAAAAACAAUGUGCGGACUACGAAAUGCUCUAAAAAAGUGCCGAAAAAUCCGUGGCACUACAAUUACCAGCACAGCUCAUUUGUCAGCAACGGAAACAAAUGCCUACAAAUUGAUGUCAGCAAAGUCCGCCUCAUUGUAAGUGCUUGCGAUUCGGAUGUGACGGCACAAAGAUGGAUGUUCACUGGAGUACAGGACUCCUUGAUGGAGCACAACAGGGAUGUUUGCCUAAAUGCAAACCACUAAGCCUUGGUCUUAUUAGCUUUAAACCAUUUCUUAAAUUUAUA